UUUCAUCUUUCGUCUUUUCAUGAUAGAAGCUGACAAUAAGAAGAGAUUGAAUUGGAUAAUUGUUUGCGUUGAGAAUUUUCUUCUGUAAUUUUUUAUGGUGAGUCACCACCAAGUUGAAAAUAAAUAGAAAAAGCUUCACAAUAAUUCUCAUAUAUUUUAUAUUUUAUAUUUUAAAAAUUUAUCUUCCGAGAAAAUCGAGGAAGAACCAAGUACGAGAAAGAGGUAAUCUAAUCAAAUCAAUACAAAAACUUAACAGCUUUUGUACUAUUGGAUUACAACAACUUGCUUAUGUUGUGUUGUGCUCUGUCUAUGAUUGAUCGAGCAUGGAUUCUUCAUCUUCCCAAUUUGUUUCAUCAAGAAACAUUGGUGUAUAUGAUCCUAUGCAUCAAUUUAGUAUAUGGGAAGAACACUUCAAGACUAAUGGUGAUUUAAGUGCUUCCAUGUCCUUAAUUGAGGAGGCUAACAUGAAGAUAAAUAAUCAGUCAGAGGAUGCUUCUUAUGGAAUUUUAGGAACAUCUAUCAAGUUUGAGCAAGAAGGUAACAAAAUUACUAGUAAGAUGCAAAGACGUCUCGCGCAAAAUCGAGAGGCUGCCCGUAAGAGUCGUUUGAAGAAAAAGGCUCAUAUUCAACAGUUAGAAUCGUGUCGCUUGAAGCUGAUGCAGGUAGAGCAAGAGCUAGAUCUUACUAGACAACAGGGAUUGUAUAUAGGUGGUGGAUUGGAUUCUAAUCAUUCGGGUUUUGCUGGUUCUGCGAAUUCAGAAAUAGCAACUUUUAAGACGAAGUACGAACACUGGGUGGAAGAACAAAACAGACAAGUUUUGGAAUUAAAAAAUGCUUUAAGUGCUCAUAUCAGUGACAUAGAGAUUGGGGAACUUGUAAAUGGCAUCAUGAAUCACUAUUUCAAACUCUUUUGCAUGAAGUCUGAUGCUGCAAAAGUAGAUGUUUUCUAUGUUAUCACCGGCAUGUGGAAAACAACGGCUGAAGGGUUUUUCUUGUGGAUUGGAGGUUUUCGUCCCUCUGAGCUUUUAAAGGUUUUGGUCCCUUUGAUUGAGCCAUUGACAGAGGAACAACGGUUUGAUGCGUAUAAUCUUGAGAAGUCAUGCCAGCAAGCAGAAGAUGCUCUUUCAAAAGGUAUGGAAAAACUCCAGGGAAUGCUUGUUGACACAGUUGCAGCAGGAAACUUCGUCGAAGGAAUUUACAUUCCAGAGAUGGCUACUGCAAUAGAGAGGUUGGAAGCUCUAGCUAGCUUUGUGAACCAGGCUGAUCAUCUACGACAGGAAACCUUGCAGCAGAUGUGUCGAAUACUUACCAUACGUCAAACUGCUCGAUGGUUGCUUGCUUUGGGUGAAUAUUUUCAACGCCUAAGGAAUUUGAGCAAACUUUGGACCGAUCGAUCUCGCAAACCUGCUUAGUAGUCUUCAAGUAAGAGAUAGAAUAAACUUGUAAUUUUGACACCAUGGUCAUGAUUAUGACCCAACUUAUCAAGUGUCUACAUUCAAAACCAUGUCCAAUGGUUGUUGGCAAAAGGCUUUGCCUUAUGAAGUUGUAAAUAUGACUUCCCAUUUAUGAUAUAGGUGAUUAUGGUGAGUCUAUUGAUAUUCAUAAUGUAAAAUGUGUAUAACUUAAUGGUAAAGCUAGGUGUUUUGAACAUGAA